UCGCGUGAGCAAUAUAACUCAAGUGUUGCCCAGAUCGCUCGUCAUUCUUACGUCUUCUGCCCGUGCUACAUUUCUUUUUCAGCACAGGUUACAACACAAGCGAAUUAUAGAGGCGCUGUCCAAUUUUGUCUGAUAAGCCAAAGGAAGAGAUCUGCAGAAAUUCACUCAACAUUCAACACAAGAUGGUGGCCAUCGCGCUGAACCUCUUUGUCGCCAUCUUUAUCUUAAUUUGGGCCUACUUCACCAUUAAGACGCGCCAUAUGGCGAGACUGGCGAAGAAAAUACCGGGCCCCAAACAGUCUCCCUUCUGGAAGAAGCUACUGAAAUUACGUACAGGCUUUAAGACUGCAGACAUGUUUCAAAAUAUGGUGCAGAUUUCCAGAGAGUAUGAUUCGACCUUCUGCUUUUGGAAGGGCUAUGAGCUCUUCGUUUUUGUGCAAGAUGUCAAACAUAUUGCGGCUCUGUUAUCGGACGGCGAGGAAGUGAACAAAUCAUGUACUUACAAAUUCUCGGUACCCUGGCUCGGCUCAAGCCUACCAAUCGCUGAAGGUAAGAAGUGGAGAAUCCGACGCAAGUUGAUCGCACCCGAAUUCCGCCCCUCAACUCUCGAAUCUAGUGUUCAAAUCCUGAACUCCAAUUUGGACAAACUGAUUAACAGACUGUCCACAUUCGUGGGUGGUCCUGAGUUCGAUGUGCAUCCCUUUAUGAUUUUACACUCUUUCGACAAUGUGUGUGAAACAUUUAUGGGCGCGAAGAUGAACGCUCAACAAAACAGUGAGUCGGAAUUCGUGAGGGCAAUCAAGGCUGCAUCCCCUACAGUGCACGCCCGGAGCCAGAACCCACUUCUGCACCCCGACCUGCUGUUCCACAUGUCCUCUCUGGGGAGGCAACAAGCGAGAUACCUGGCCACAGUGCAUGCUACGAGCAAGGAGGCCGUGGAAGAGAGGGCGCAGCAACUGCUUCAUGGCAAGGGUUCAAGACCUCGCAUUCCAAUUCUGGAUAUGUUGAUUAAGCUGUCGAGAGAGGGCAGAUAUUCUGGUGACCUGGACACGCGGGAGGAAAUGGCUUCGGUCUUAAUUACAGGAUAUGAAGCAACGGCCGCAGCACUGAGUUUCGCUUGCUGGAUGUUGUCUCGGCACCAGGACGUACAGGAGAAAGUGCUGAUGGAACAGAAGGAAAUAUUUGGCGACUCUGAUCGUCCUGCCACCUACCGUGACAUUCAAGAAAUGAAGUAUCUAGAAAUGGUAAUCAGAGAAACCAUCCGACUGUAUCCAACCGUACCAGUAUUCGGACGAAAACUGCAGAAGGAUAUCGAUGUUGGAGAUUUUGUCAUUCCUGUAGGCGCAAAUGUAAUGUUUCUGGCUUACCAGAUACACCGGAACCCAAAAUACUUCCCGGACCCAGAGAAAUUCAACCCGGACCGUUUCCUGCCCGACAACGUGAUGAGAAGAAGCCCUUACUGCUAUCUAGCGUUCUCUGCUGGACCUAGGAAUUGUGUGGGUCUGAAGUACGGACUGCAGGUUAUCAAGGGCACGUUGUGUUCGCUGAUAAGGAGAUUCAGGAUCCUGCCAGGCAGCACGCCACUCUCUCUGGAUUACACGAUCGCUCUGGGAUCGAAAACAGGAAUGAGACUGAGACUGAGACCGAGAUAGAAAUGUGAAAUUUCGUUUCCCCUCCCCACACUAAAGGCUCAGUGAUUCUACUCCUACUGUCUGGUAUCAUCUUCUUAGGCCUAUAUAAAUACAAGACUUUCAUUUUCUUUACACUACCUUCCCGCAGUCUUACUGGCGAAAUUUCAGACCUAUUAAUUUCAAGAAUUAUUAAAAUUGAAAACAGAAUAUUACGCUUUCUUUCACGCAGCCUAAUGAUUUGUAGUUAAGCCGCUUAAAGUGGCGCAGAACUUAAAUUGGUUACAAACAUUUGACACUUCUUGAUAUAAAUAUUAAAUUUUCUGGUAUUGCACAAUCUUAACGUAGGAUGUGUUCUCUCUGGUAUUGUUUUUUGCUAUGGUUAUGACCUAUGUGCUCUAAAAACAAGAUGUCCUGUGAUAUGCAAAUUCACAAAGUAAUGAAUAAACUUUAUGUACGGAAAGUACGUGUUGCGAAUGUACUGAAGGUGCUGUGGUCUCGAAUAGUUCUCAGGUUCCCGAACUUGGACUCCAUAUUUUGGAAGUACGUGGCAACGACGAAUGGGUGUGAGGUUGGUAUUGAGAACUAUAUGUCAGUUCCAUUGAAAGCAGUAGCAAGGGUACUAUGAAAGUAGAAAUUAAAUUUGGUUGG